CCGUCCUCUCCCUAUCGCUUCUUCUCUUCUCUUCUCUCUUCUUCUUCUUCUUCUUAUUCUUCCUCUGCUACUGGAUUCUAGAGAGAGAGAGAGAGAUCUAAUGGAGUACGAGAGGAUAGAGAAGGUUCAGACUGGUAUUAUAUCACCAAGUAAACUGAGGAUGAAGCUUUUGGGGCCUCAUAAUCAUAGGAAGAAGGAUGGCCCCAGCAGCAACUCCUCAAGAACAUCUCCUUCAAGGCUGGAGGAAUCUGAGUUUGCCAGGAACAGCUUGUUAGACUCCAAGAAUGAUUUUGAUGAGACAGUUGUGGCUCCCAGCUUGGAUCUUGCAAUGGUCAUAGCACCUGGUGAUGCACCAGUGGAUUUCAGCCAAGGCGACAAGCCUUCAUGUCAGCCAAAGGAGAUGCUGUUGAGGGAAAAUGGCAAUACGGGUCGUGUUAAAAUGCUGCAUUUUCCGAAGAAUAAUGAUCAUGGCAAUUUGAGUGCAGUUCAUCCGACCAGAACACUAGAGGAUGAAAACCUUGAUUAUGAUAGCAAUGCUAGUUCUUCGAGUUUUGAGUUCCAUAAAGUGGAGAGGUCGGUACACAAUUCAAUUACAAGACAAUUCUCAAGGCCUAUGCCAUACAAGUGGAAUGAUGCUGAGAAAUGGAUAAUGAAUAAGCAGAAUACGCAACAUAGUUACUCCAAAAAGAAUGCUUUAUACAACCAAACAAAUCGGUUGCCACUGACAAAUAUGGGGAGGGUUGCACCAGAAUCCGCAAAUUAUGAUCAGAAGUCAACUAUUAGCAGGGCAGCAGACACUAAGCGGGUAGAUUUUUGUCAGCCGGCACAAACAACAUUUGAGAGGUUCUCCUUUGUUUCUACCUCGACAAACCCCUUUCAUGGUGAAGCAUAUGGAGGGAAUGCAUUAAUUGAUCAGAGUACGCAAAGCAAGGAUUUGGGGGAAGUUAAUCAAAGGGAGUUAAACGCGGCAGAAGACGCAGCAGUUGUUCCUGCCAUUAGAUCUGUGUGCAUGAGAGACAUGGGAACAGAAAUGACUCCUGUUACAAGUCAAGAACCUUCAAGGACUGCUACCCCCGUAGGGGCAACAACCCCAAUCCGGAGUCCAACCUCUUCAAUUCCAUCUACUCCCCGAGGAGGCGCACCGGCAUCCACACCUAUUCAUCAAGCCACUGAUGAUGAAUCACAGCAACCUGCAGAAAAUAGCAAAAAAGAGUUGUCAGAGCAAGAGCUGAAGCUCAAGACGAGGAGAGAAAUUGUAGCUCUUGGUGUCCAGCUAGGGAAAAUGAAUAUUGCUGCUUGGGCAAGUAAAGAUGAACCGGAAAAAAAUAACACUCCCGAUGAAGCCACUGAAGCAACAGAGUUAGAGCAGAUUGAAUUUGACAAACGUGCAGCUGCGUGGGAGGAAGCUGAAAAAUCCAAGCACAAUGCAAGGUAUAAGCGUGAAGAAAUCAAAAUCCAAGCAUGGGAAAGUCAGCAGAAAGCGAAACUAGAAGCAGAGAUAAGAAGAAUAGAGGCAAAAGUUGAACAGUUGAGAGCUCAAGCUCAAGCAAAUAUGGUGAAGAAAAUUGCAAUGGCAACAAGAUCGGAAGAAAGAAGGGCUGCAGCGGAAGCUAGAAAAAAUCGAGAUGCAGAGAGGACUGCAGCUCAAGCAGAAUAUAUCCGGGAAACAGGACAGAUACCCGCAACGAAGUACAUCUGCUGUGGCUGGUAAUGACAAAAAACAUAAAAACAGUGAAUAGAAGAAAGAAACCAUGAUCAAAUACUUGUUGAGCCAAAGCAGUAAAGUUUGUAUUAUGGUUUUUCCCAUCACUGAUAAUCCAAGGAGAGGCUGUUUUUUGUAUGUUGAGAGCCACCAUGUAUUUAUUCAAGUGACUUCAGUUGAAAACCAGCUAUAAAAACAAUGAAGAAAAUGUGCAAA